CCUGAGCUAUCAAAAUACUGACUUUGUUUUAAGUAAUAAUAUAUCUUUUAAAGCAGUUUUUGUGGACAGCUAUGAAUCGAGGCGGAUCUGGACAUUAUCUCAAAGUCCGUGCAACAGAUAGGCCAAGCCGAUGGUGCAAAAGUGAAUAUAAAGUGAAAAUGACAGCCAUUCAUAUUGUAUAGAGCCAUUUGAUUGACAGAAAAAGCCAUUUUACUGAUCUCGAAGCACGCGGAUCGAAUCUCCAGACACAUGGCUGAAGAUUGACCUCAAUUUAUGAUUAAAAAGACUGCCGAUUAUUUGGAAAAACCCUGGAAAUAUAACAGCGAGGACUUCUUUCUGUCGUCUAUUAAAAUAAUGGAAGAUGAAUCUCCACUCUCAGGAGACAGUGAUUAUGGAUUACUUUGCACAGAAAAUCGAGAAUUCCUUUACGACGGAGAUGGAUUGAAUAUAAAUGCAACGGUCAAUCCAAAUCUUCUGCAAGACUUAGUGGAAGAAGAAUCCAACAUGGCGACUUCUUUCGAUGACAGUAGUCCACCCACAGAAACCAGCUCCAUAUCUACUGUAAGUUCAAAUUCUCGAGCAACUCCAGACGGUGAAACACCAAAGAAGAUGCGUAAAAGAAACGUUGCUAGGGAUAAAUUGAGAAGUGAAGCUGAACAGAAUGCUUACAAGAAACUUCGAGAGCUCGUGCCAACUCUUCCUGCCCUUAAGAAGCCUACGAAACUAGAAACAAUAAAACACACUUGUAGAUAUAUCGAACUCUUACAGGAAACACUGAAAAAAGUUGAGAAACAGAGAGAAGCUAAGGCAAAGAAUGAAGAUGUUAAGGUUAGUGAGGGCGAAGGAAACCCUCUUGAUAAACAAAAAUAAAAGUAAGUAAUUGGUUUUGCCGCGAAACUCGACCACGGAAUUACGAAUAGGUUAAAAUUGCUUCUACAAAAAGAGUACCAAGCUUGUGAUAAUUAAAGGAAAAUAAAAUCAGUGGGAUGAGUUUAAAAUAAUACUUGCACAACAGACGAAUAUAAAAGUCUCAACUAUCAGUACUUUGCAAGUAUUUUGUAGCU